AUGGCUAUGGCUCUUGCAGCUGAUUACGUUUUAAACCAUUUAAGCCAACCAUAUGGCAGCAGCUUCUGGAUGGCAGCCGCUGCAUCCUUGGUGCUUAUAUCCUACGUGGUAUACGAUACUAUCUAUAACUUAUUCCGUUCUCCAUUGGCAUCAUUUCCUGGACCAAGGCUCUGGGCCGUGUCCAAUAUCCCUCGUCAGAUAAGCAUACUGGGAGGUCAUAGCCAUUUGAAAAUGUUGGCCCUUCACCAUCACUACGGCCCUGUUGUGCGAGUUGGUCCCAGUGAGCUCUCGUUCAAUAGCUCCCAAGGCUUUCGAGAUAUCUACGGGUUACAUCGUGGACGACCACAAUUUCAAAAGGAUCCUAAGUUAUAUGGUUCGCCGUUGAACGGAAUUAGUAACAGCAUCGGUGGGUAUAUCGAUAGCGAAUCUCACUCCAGGCACAGACGAUUGCUAUCCCAUGCCUUCUCCGAGCGAAGUCUACGUGAACAGGAAGGGAUAGUCGUAUCAUACGUCGAUCUUUUUAUCCAGCGACUGCGAGAGAGAACUAAUGCCAAUAAAAUGCAUAGAGCAGAAGAAGACCUCAAAAGCUGGUUCAAUUUCACUACCUUUGAUAUUAUCGGUGAUCUUAUGUUCGCAGAGACCUUUGACUGUCUCAAGGACAGUCAACUACAUCCGUGGAUCGCUCUCAUGUUCAACAAUGUGAAGGGUAUCGCGUUUCUUGGAGUCUUGAACGAAUAUGCACUGUUCAGGAAAAUACAGGGGUCGCUCUUACCAAAAGCUUUGAAACAGAAAAUGCUGGAAAAUCAUAGGCUUUGUGCUCAGAAAGCAGACCGCCGGCUUCAGAAAGGAGCUUCUCGUCCAGACUUCCCGAGAUCCAUGCUAACUCAAUCUUGUAAGCACAUACGGCCAUUUCUGUUCUUCUCUUUCGUGGUGGCUAACGCAGACAGUAUUACCAUCGCUGGGAGCGAAACGACGGCGUCGCUACUAUCUGGGUGCCUCUUCUACCUCUGUAAGCAUAAGUAUAUCAUGGACCAACUCAGCAAGGAAAUCCGUACCGCGUUCUCUAAAGACGAGGAAAUCACGUCGCCCAAAUGUUUCCACCUUAGUUACCUCAACGCAGUCCUUAAAGAAUCCCUCCGUCUGUAUCCACCAGUGGCGGGAAGCCUUCCACGACUAGUCCCUGAAGGCGGGUGUACAAUUGACGGCCACUUCGUUCCAGAAAACGUAACCGUUUCCACCCACCAUUACGCAUCAUACCAUAAUAGAGAGAACUUCACGUUCCCAGAUCAAUUCAUUCCCGAGCGAUGGCUGGGGACUGACGAUAGGUUCGACUCUGACAGAAAGGAUGUGGUGCAGCCAUUUAGUUUGGGUCCCAGAGACUGCCUGGGCAAAAACUUGGCACACAUGGAGAUGCGUUUGAUGUUGACCAAAUUGCUGUUCAAUUUCGACAUAUUCCUCACUGCAGAGAGUGAGAACUGGGAUAAGCAGAGGAUGUUUAUUAUCUGGGAUAAACCAGCACUGAUGGUUAGAUUGACUGACAGAUUUGCGUGA